GCCCUGCCGUGCUCAGGGCUGAGCCUCCACCUCACGCCAGAGGAAGGGUCUGGAAUGAAAAGUCUCUUUUAAUGUUGUGUUCGGGGCUCCUGGCUGCAAUUCUCCCUCUGCAAACAAGGAGAUUCCUGGGCAGAAGGAGACGGAAAUUUCACUUGUACCUUGGGAAGAGCUUCUGUCGAGACCCGCGGGAGGGGAAGAGCCGUGAGGGGGCUGCGCGCUGGGACUGCAGCAAAAGAUGCCAGUGAGCUUCACGACAGCCCUCCGUGUUUGUGGAACCAGUCUCUUUGCCGUGCUGGUGCUGGGAGGCAUCCUCGCCGCCUACAUCACCGGCUACCAGUUCAUCCACACGGAGAAGCACUACCUCUCCUUCGGCCUCUACGGCGCCAUCCUGGGCUUGCACCUCUGCAUCCAGAGCCUCUUUGCCUUCCUGGAGCACCGGCGCAUGCGGCCGCAGGACCGGCCCCUGGAGCCGCCCCGCUCCGGCUCCGUGGCCCUCUGCAUCGCCGCCUACCAGGAGGACCCGGACUACCUGAAGCAGUGCCUGCGUGCGGUGAAGCGCAUCUCCUUCCCCCGCCUCCAGGUGGUGCUGGUGGUGGAUGGCAACGGCCCGGACGACACCUACAUGCUGGAGAUCUUCAAUGAGAUCCUGGUCCGGGGCCUGGGCCAGAUCCAGCAGCUGGUGCGGAGCAGCACGUACGCCUGCAUCCUGCAGAAGUGGGGGGGGAAGCGCGAGGUGAUGUACACGGCCUUCCGGGCGCUCGGGGACUCCGUGGACUACAUCCAGCGGGUGGGCGCGGUUGGUGGAGACGUUCAGAUCCUGAACAAGUACGACUCGUGGAUCUCCUUCCUGAGCAGUGUGCGGUACUGGAUGGCCUUCAACGGAGGCUGCGUGCAGUGCAUCAGCGGGCCCCUGGGCAUGUACCGCAACGCCCUGCUGCAGCGCUUCCUGGAGGACUGGUACAACCAGACGUUUCUGGGCAGCAAGUGCAGCUUUGGGGACGACCGCCACCUCACCAACCGUGUCUUGAGCCUGGGGUACAGGACUAAGUACACCGCCCGCUCCACGUGCCUCACCGAGACGCCCACCAGGUACCUCCGCUGGCUCAACCAGCAGACCCGCUGGAGCAAGUCCUACUUCCGGGAGUGGCUGUACAACGCCCUGUGGUUCCACAAACACCACCUCUGGAUGACCUAUGAGUCGGUGGUGACGGGCUUCUUCCCCUUCUUCCUCAUCGCCACGGUGAUCCAGCUGUUCUACCGCGGCCGCGUCUGGAACAUCCUGCUCUUCCUCCUCACCGUGCAGCUGGUGGGCAUCAUCAAAGCCACCUACGCCUGCUUCCUGCGGGGCAGCGCCGAGAUGAUCUUCAUGUCGCUCUACUCCCUGCUCUCUCAGUUCAGUUUCUUCAGCUGUGCUAGACUCCGAAUCCGAGCCCCACAGCCGCUCUGGUGCCCCGCCCUGGCCGUUCUCCUGAGCCCUUGCUCCAGCGCGGUGUGA